AUGCUCCCCCUCUUCCGCCCCGUCCGGUCCUUCGCCUCCUGGUCAGCCACGUCCACCAAGCGCGACGACCUCACCCCUGGCAGCAUUCUCGAGAAGCCCUCUGCCAUCAAGCUCUCUUCCUACGGAAACCGCCCCGCCGCGUCCACCAAUAACUCCGCGAUCCUGCCCACGCCCGUCUCGCACGACCCGACUUUAUCAGGCCACCGCUCGCGCACCAAGAAGAACGCCCGGGUGUCGCACGGGCUCCGCGUCCACUGGGACCGCUUCGUCCGCAAGCUCGGUUCCGGCACCGCCCCCUCCUCCUCCUCGAACUGGGACGAGAGCGCGGGCGAGAGCGGGGACAGCUCCGGCUACCCGCGCUCGCGCAUCGGCGGCGCGGCGGGCGGCGCGAUCGAGAUGCAGGACGAGCGCGUGGACGAGGUCGUCGUCGACCGCGAGUGGUCGGACGAGAUCAAGAGCUCCUCGGUCACCCACUCCGAGCACGCCGGCACCCCAGACAAGUCGGGCAGCAACCAUCUCGGGGGCACGAACACGGACCGCGACUCGUUCGCCGUCCGUCCCGAGGGCUUCUGGGGCUCCGCCGGCUUUCUCAUCUUCCUCCGGUGGCGAUUGUGGCCUUUCAUCCACGCCUUCUUUCAGACCCGGUUCAUGGACGAGAAGUCGGAGAUGCACUACGCGAAGGAGAACUGGUUCUUGCGCAAGAACUUGGCGCUCUGGUCUUCGGCGUUCCUUGUCGUGAACUGGGCAUUCGGCGUCGGCUUUGUCCCAAGGCCGAUUCUCCUGGCCGAUCAAAUCUUCCUCUAUGGCGUCGCACCCGUUUUUACCUUCCUCAUCCCGCCCAUGGUGAUUUACGACUGGCCGAGGGAUCGCAACACCAUCUACCAGGUUGUCCUCUUCUUCGCCACCUGGAUAUGGGCCAUCUAUCAGAUCAUCUUCAUCUACCUCUGUGGGAGUUAUAACGUGGUGCACUCCCACUUCAACUGCAACAACAAGGAUUUUUUGACGCUUUUCUACUAUACGUCUGCCCUGCAAACGAUCGCUCUCUUCGGAUUGAAGCUGCAUAGGUUCCCGGCAUUGCUUGGCGCGCUGCUUUUCUUGGCCUUAUCGUUCGCGCUCGUCGUACCCGACAAGGCAUCGUUCCUUCGCAGUCUGGUUAACGUCAUAUUCUUCCAAGGCUUCCUGCUGUAUCUCCACUAUAUGCGCGAGAAUGCCGAGAGGCGAUUGUACACUCUCCGGGAUCAGCUCAAAGUCCAGUUCCGCGCGACGCAAAAGGCUCAGGUGAACGAGAGGAAAGCAGCCGACUCGAAGCGACGUCUAACGUCCGGGCGUUAUGCACAGGUCCGAGUCCCUCUGAACACGGCUUUGCUUGCAGUGCAGAACAUGCAAGCAUCCGGUGCAUUAAUCACGCAAGACAUCGAGUUCAAGGCGCUGGAAGGCAGUCUUAGCAUGAUGUCCAAAGUGCUCAAUGACGUUCUUGAUUUCAACCGCAUGGACAGCGGCCGGUUCGAGUCUGUGCUCAAGCCGUACAAGUUCCACCAGGUGAUGCGCUCGUUGUUCGUCCCGCUCCGCCUCGCGACCGACGCGCGCAGGCUCGAGUUCGUGACCGACCUCGACCCUGUUGUCGACAACGUCGCCCGGCGCGCGCUCUACGAGGCGAUGGGCGAGACCGAUGGCCAGAUCAAGCAUCGACUCGAGUCCGUGCCCUCUGAGGACGGCAUCGUCGUCGGGGACGAGACGCGCCUCCGGCAGAUCAUCACCAACCUCGCGUCGAACGCGUGCAAGUUCACGCCCGCCGGCGGCAAGCUCACGAUCCGCACCCGGCUCGUCCUCCCCGAGCGCUAUGCGCGGUACGACGAGUCCGACUCCGACGGCGACGAGGAACGAUCCGUCGGCGAGGACGACCUGAGCAGCGCGGAGAACGGGGAGGCGCGCGGGGACGAGCCGGCGCGGCUGUCGAAGAUGCACCUGAAGGAGCAUGACGUGCUGCACACGAAGAACCCGCCGCUGGAGUGGAUCGUGGUGCGGAUCGAGGUGUCGGAUACCGGGUAUGGGAUCAGGCCGAAGGAUAUGGUGCAGAGCAAGCUCUUUUCUGCGUUCAACCAGACGGAACAGGGCAGGUUACAAGGUGGCAAGGGCACGGGCCUCGGUCUGGCGCUCGUUCGUCAAAUCGUGAAGCUCAGUGGAGGUCGGUUGGGCGUGCAGUCGAAGGUCAACGAGGGUUCCACGUUCUGGGUCGAGCUUCCUCUCGGCGUUGGAAGCAAAUCCCUCCCUGCUCUUACUUCGGCUGGAGACCUUGACGAUGACGACUGGGUUAGCUCUCGACAUUCAGACACGAAGAACCCACUUCCCAAGGUCCCUCACGCUCACUUCCGAACAUCUGGCCAGUUCAGCCCCUCGUACUCCUCGUCGGCCUUGCAUAGCAUCAUGGAGCAAGGAGGACUGGUCGAGAUCUCAACGAAGCCGACCGAAGCGGGUCCACCAACACGAACGAUCGGCGAUCCUUCAACCGGCACCGACCCUCACCACGACCCAGAAACCCCGGGUGUGCACACAGACCGAUCGUCACCACCCCUGGAGGCCAUGCCGCAACGACCAUCACCGAUGCUCGCUCGCUCGUCCCAGACCGUCACGGAUCUCCAACUCACCCACCUCCCGAAUCCUGGGACCUUCACCAUCGACGGCGCGCUCGUCUCCCCCGCCCCCACCGCCGGCUCCUCAGGGUCAGGGGCCGGGCCGCCUCACGGCGCGAACGGCUCCUCCAUCGCGGGCGGGAACGGCGCGGCGGUGCAGUACGAGACGAAGCUGAACGUGCUCGUCGUCGACGACGACCCGCUCACGCGGAAGCUGAUGUCGCGCAUGCUCACGCGGCUCGGCUGCCGGGUGACGACCGCGGAGAACGGCGAGGUCGCGCUCGAGCUCAUCCUCACCGGCACGACGACGCACGCGACGCCGUCGAGCGAGGACACGGGCUCGGGCGGGCUCUCGCUCGACGGCGCGCUCGCGGACUCGGUGGCGAGCGUCGCCGGCCCGGGCGGGGCGCGCUUCGCGGUCGUGUUCCUCGACAACCAGAUGCCGGUGAUGUCGGGCCUGGAGGCCGUCACGAAGCUCAGGGAGCUGGGAAGGGGUGACUUCGUGGUGGGCGUGACGGGCAAUGCGCUGUUGGCCGACCAGCAGGAGUAUCUGGAGGCGGGGGUGGACCAUGUGUUGACGAAACCAGUAUUGGAGAAGAGUCUCAGGAGCAUGCUCGCCAUGGCGGACGACCGUCGAAGACGAGGGCCGUAG